AUGGACAUGCGAAAUACGGUAGAAACUAAGCAGCAGCCACAGAACCGGGCAGUGGAAGAACUGCCGAGAAAGUAUAACUUCUCUCUCUGGAAUAUAUGGGUGGCAUCAUCAUUGCUCAAGAUUCUUCUGUUCCCAACGUAUCAUUCGACAGAUUUUGAUGUGCACAGGAACUGGUUGUCGAUAACAAAGUUGUUGCCUCUUCGACAGUGGUAUUUUGAGCAUACCAGUCAGUGGACGUUGGACUAUCCUCCAUUUUUCGCAUAUUUUGAGUGGAUACUAUCGCGUUUUGUUCCUGAGGCCGUUGCCAGGGAUGGAUGCAUCAAGCUCACAGCAAAGGAUGGUGAAUAUGGAUAUUUGACGGUGAUAUUUCAACGGUCCACAGUUAUAAUCAGUGAGAUUGUACUAUUCCUCGCUUUGCAGAGACUUAUCGAUACAUCUCGCUCGCUAAGGGAGAAGAAGAGAAAUUUUGUAAUUGCAUCAUCGAUUGCACUCUCUCCCGGGUUCUUCAUCAUUGACCACAUUCAUUUCCAGUACAACGGGUUUCUAUUUGCAUUCCUGGUGCUUUCAUUGGUGGAGGCACGCCUCGGUAACUAUCGAAGAUGCGCAUUUUGGUUUGCUGUACUUCUUUGCUUGAAGCACAUCUUUCUCUAUAUGGCACCGGCAUACUUCGUAUAUCUCUUGUCUGGAUUCUGUCUCAAGCAUCGUAAGAUUGACACGUCGAAGAGCUUUGGUGAAAAUGUCAAACAGGUGCUGUUUGACACAAUCAUAUGGCGUCAUCUUUUCCAACUUGGGCUUAUUGUGAUUGGUGUCUUUACGGUUGCCUUUGGUCCGUUUGUAUACUACGGUGAGCUUGAUCAGGUGAUGAGCCGGCUUUUCCCAUUCUCCAGGGGGCUUACGCACGCUUAUUGGGCUCCCAACUUUUGGGCACUUUACUCUUUUGUGGACCGCAUACUUAUUCAGCUUGGAAAGAACAUCCCCGGGUUCGAACGGUUGGCAUGCGCGAUUCUCAAGAAGAGCCGGCCUGUUGAUUACAGCGGGGCCAGCUCUCUAACGCGGGGAAUAGUUGGAGAUGUGGAAUUUGUAUUUUUGCCGCAAAUACUCCCAGUUCACACAUUCAUGCUCACCCUCUUCUACCAGAUCCUAUGCCUCAUUCCUCUAUUCUUCCGGCCCUCCUACGAGCGGUUUCUUGGUGCUUUGACGUACUGUGCAUGGACGUCUUUCCUGUUUGGCUGGCAUGUUCACGAGAAGGCAAUUCUUCUUGCUAUAAUUCCAUACUCUUUCUGUGUUAUUCAGGACCGCAAGCUUCUUCCGUCCUUUGAGCUUCUUGCCACCGCCGGGUACAUCUCUCUUUUCCCGCUUCUUUUUGGCUCGGCCGAGUGGCUCUUCAAGGCUCUUAUCACAUUUGUCUGGGUGGUUGUGUUCAACACCAGUUUUAACGAGGUAUGCCACUUUUCGACUACCCUGGCAAGACGGGCCGCUGCGCUCGAUAGAAUCAACUUGAUCUACGAGUUUCUGAUGGUUCCGUUCUGUCUUUUCAUCCAGAUGACUGACGUGGAAAGCAGGAAUUUCCCUAUUCUCGAUCGGCUCCAGUUCCUUCGCCUAAUGGCUUACAGUGUUUAUUGUGGUGCGGGUGUUCUUUCUUCCUGGAACAGCUUCAGCUGGCUCUAUUUCAUGGAUGACAGUGUUUGGGAGGAGAAGAAGGAGUGGUGA